AGAGCCGGCGCCGAGGCGCUUCCGGGUUCGCGGGGCUGAGGCGCCGUCAUGUGACAGCGGCUUAAAGGGGAAGCGGCGGCGGGGGGCAGCGGUGGCAGCAGUAGCGUAGGGCGCGCCGGCCGCGCACACAGGCCCGCGGAGGUGGCGGCGGCGCCGGCAGGGCCCCAGCCAUGGCCGACGACCUGAAGAGGUUCCUGUACAAGAAGCUGCCGAGCGUUGAAGGUCUUCAUGCUAUUGUCGUCUCGGAUAGAGAUGGAGUGCCUGUUAUCAAAGUUGCCAAUGAUAAUGCUCCAGAACACGCGCUGCGACCAGGCUUUCUGUCCACCUUUGCCCUCGCCACAGAUCAGGGCAGUAAGCUGGGACUGUCUAAAAACAAAAGUAUCAUCUGCUAUUACAAUACGUACCAGGUGGUGCAGUUUAAUCGCUUACCUUUGGUAGUAAGCUUCAUUGCUAGCAGCAAUGCCAAUACCGGGCUGAUUCUAAGUUUAGAGAAGGAGCUUGCACCCCUGUUUGAAGAACUGAGGCAGGUUGUUGAAGUUUCUUAACCUGAUGGGAUAGCCGGAGUGCAGCAUCCCUCUGCAGCCCAGUGGACAGAUUCAAUAAUCCUCAGUCAAAUAACAUGCCUCAGAAGAAAUACCACAGCUCCUUAGUAUACUAAGUAAGAGUAAAUUGUACAUAGUACUGAAUCUGAAAUGAUCUACUAGUGUGUUGUAGGUGGAUGUUACUUUAGGCCAUGCUUCUUGUAUCGCGCAGUACUGAAGAGACCACCAAAAUAGCUCCCAUGGAGUUUAGCUCUGCCAGAUCGGCAUGAUGCCGCUGGCUCACAUGAGCAACCCACAGAUCCACAGAUCUCUUGCUUUACAGGAAACCAGGCAGGCAUUGGGGUGUCCCCUACUACGUGUUGGAAGGCAGAUUGGUUGUACAGUGUUAUCAGAGUUGUGGUUGAAGGAGUUACUGUGAGAGCAAGUUUACUAGCCGUGCUGUGUUGGUACAAUCAAUAAAUAUCCCAGCUUUCUCACAGGGGUGAUACUUUGGCAAGGGAAUGCUACUAAUCUGGAUGCUAGCUGCAUCCUGCUUCCAUUGAGAAGAAAGCUAUUUCUAUGAAAGCUGUUGCUCCAGGGGUUUUCCUGAUGCCCGGAUAAAAGCACCUGAACAAUGUCUCACUUCUUCAUGGGGUUUUUGUGUAAUAUGGUUGUGAAGAUCUCUUGUCUCAUAGUCCUUGUGUGGGUUCAUCACUGGUGACACUCUCAGCUCAUUUACCCUUAGGUUUUCCUAAGUAAAUAAAUAUAAAUAAAAUACAGUAUUUUUAAAUGACAGAGCCUGGUCCCCUCUUCUGUCACACCAUAAUACUCCACAGCACAUCAGCUUUUCUGGGGAGAGAACAGAACUGUUUGUAACUGUACAAAACCCAGGAGAUUAGAGGCUGAAAACUAACCAGCGUGUCCCUUGGCUGGGUGGUAAGGAUAGAGAGUCCCGUGCCAAUGCAGAGAUCCUAUCGCUGGGGAUCAAUCCUCCCCUUUGUUCCCUCCUGUGUCCCCCUUGUGACGGCUGCAGUGUAGACUUCUAGCACCGAAACCAAGCACCAAGUGUGAGCUCCUGGCAGGUCUCUGCCUCAGGCUGGGAAAGGGGGUGCUGCUGCCCCUUGUUCACACCUUGCCCCCCUUCAGCAUUGGGCAGGAUGGGAGGAAACAGCUGUGCUGGAAAUGAGGACUGGGAAUUCUUGGCUCAAAGCUUUCUCAGAGACUAAAAGUCAUCGGUCAACCCUUUUCCAUUUAAACUGUGCUCCUGGCGGGAGCUUUCUGUUGCUGGUCCUCACAGAAGCAGCUGGAAACCGAGCCCCAGGGUGUCUGUGUAUUUCUGGCAAAAAGCAUUUGCAUUCCACCUCAGGCCUCCUCCUGCUGUUGGCUUCUCUUCAGCUCAUCUGCCAGUGACUGUGUUCUAGGCCUGCCAAGUGCCACUUCUGCUACUGGCUUCAGUUUGUGACACUAUGUGCUGAACAGUCUUUAAUACUUUGUAACACAGCCGGUUGGUGUGAAAAGGGGAAGGCUGCUUUCGAGGUUACACUUCAUGCUUCAUUCCCAAGCUGCUGUCACAGAACAGUGAUGCUGUUGGAGAACAUUGUCCGACUCUUCCCCUCAGGCUGCCUCUCUCUCACACAAACAAAGCUGUUUAACUGAACAGGAGAUGCCCAUCUGUUAGACCACUUCUUGAAGGGGGAAAGGAGGACAAAGCUUUAACACCACAGUGCAUGAAUACAGAAGACCUUUGGUAGUUUUAUAAUGACGUUUUAUUCAGAAAACAGUCUGUAUAAAAAUAUUCACAAAUAUUUUUAAUUUCUAAGUUGAAAUAAAAUGCUAUUUCUAUCUCCAAA